AGCAAUAGCUCGGUCCUAGUUAUAAAGGGCUGAAGCUUCGCAGCGUUUAAACUCUUCCUCUCCUGCAGAAACGAGCAGUGAGUCGCAGUCAGCACAGAGAACGGCCACCAUGAAGUUCCGUGCGAAGCAAACUUCCGUUUUUCUAGCGUCUGUUUUAUUUCUUCUUGUGGCUGCAGAGCUACAUGCACCUGAAGUCCACACAAAGCUGGGCAGCCUGAGAGGUGAAUAUGUGAGCGUAAAGGGGAAGGAGACUGGGGUCCACGCCUACCUGGGUGUCCCAUUUGCCAAGCCACCUGUAGGCCCUGCUCUGAGACUGGCUGCACCUCAGCCUGUAGAGGGAUGGGAAGGAGUGAGGGACGCCACCAAGCAACCACUCAUGUGUGUUCAACAUAAACAGUUUACCAUAGAUCUGCUUGAUAAACUCGGUGACAUGUUGGUAGAAAUCCCAGACAUUUCAGAAGACUGCCUUUACCUCAAUAUUUAUACUCCAGCAAACAGAGCUCCCAAUGCCAAACUACCAGUAAGAAAGGUUAUGGUCUGGAUCAUGGGGGAGGGUUUCUUUGGGUCAGUUAUAUAUGAUGGCUCUGCCCUGGCUGCAUACCAGGAUGUUGUUGUGGUUCUGAUCCAGUACCGCUUGGGACUUCUUGGCUUUCUCAGCACCGCAGAUGAACACAUGCCCGGGAACUUUGGCCUGCUGGACCAGGUACAAGCUCUGAGGUGGACCAAGGAGCACAUUCACAACUUUGGAGGAGACCCAGAUUUAGUUACCAUAUUUGGGGAGUCUGCUGGUGGAAUGAGUGUAUCCCUUCUGCUUCUCUCUCCAUUGUCUGAUGGCCUGUUUCACCAUGCCAUUGCUGAGAGUGGCACUGCUGCAAUGGACAGAGGGGAAUUUUGCAAGCCAAAUUUUGUUGGGAGUGACCAUGGAGAUGAACUCUUUACUGUAUUUGGAUUCUGCUUCACAACUUCCCAUGUCACAAUAACCAGUGCAUGUCCUGAAGAGGAGGAGCAGUUGAGCAAAGUCGUUAUGAGCUACUGGGGCAACUUCGCUCACACAGGGUCUCCUAAUGGGAACGGUCUUGUACACUGGCCAAAGUAUGGAGCAGAAGAAUACUACUUGGAAAUUGGUACGAAGGAGCAGGCAGUUGGUCAGCACUUGAAGAAGGACCGCUUCGUCUUCAUGACUCAGACCCUACCGCAGAAGGUCCAACAAUAUAAAAAGGAACACAGCGAGUUGUAGAACAGUCACUUUCUCUUUUCAUAUUUUUUUUUUUAAUGAUUCCAUUUUAAACCACAAACAAGUCAACCAGAAAUGCAUUAGACAUACUGUGAAAUUAUUGUUAAACAUAAUGAGAUAACAAAAUUGUAAUAAAUAUUUUAACAAACUUUUGUAGUACUUUUUGUAGCCUAUACAAACAUCACACAUUGUGAGAAUUGUCCAGUUCCACAACUUAACUUAAAAACUUAGACUUUAAAAUUGAAAAGCCCAAAAGGAAAUAUGUAGUAGAAGGGCAUCUUAAAUGACAUGAUGAUACUACUACUGAGUUAAGUUAGGCCACACAUUUAAUACCU